AUGCCGAAGGAGUUGGGAUUAGCAGUCAGGUCGGGAAAUCUGGGCAAAGCUCUCUUGCUUAGUAUAUGGAGGUGGACCUGGAUCAACCCUAAGAGCGUCAUCAGUGAGAUUGUGAACCAGGGGAAAUCGAUCGAAAAUUUUAGCAAAGCCAAUCGAAGAGGAUCGCCAGAUGGACAAGCCCCUGGGGACCACUUUGAACUCGAUUUCGAAUUUUUGGGCACAAACGGGACAGUGCAAACAAAUGUAUACGACAACGAUGGUGGCCACAGAGAACAAAGUUUUAAGCUUUGGUUUCUUGUGGAUAAUAUUCCAAUUAGAGUGUUUAAGAAUUUGUCGGACAGUGGAAUACCUUACCCGACCAGGCCCAUGCACAUCGAAGCAAGUAUAUGGGAUGCGGAUUGGGCCGGUGCGGUGGACUGGUCUGAAGCCCCAUUCACGGCCGAAUACCAAGAUUUUGGUUUUUGGGCUUGUUCGGGCGACACGUCUGCAUGCGCAUCAGAGCAAUACUUCUGGAACAGGCGCGGAUAUUGGGACCUCAAUGAUCGGCAGAAAAGCACUAUGGAGAUGUACAGAAGAUCGUACAUGAGUUACGAUUAUUGCGGCAACCCCUCAACUAGCAAGCCGGAAUGUUCUAUCAACGCAUAA